UUGGCUUAGUAGUCUUAGGAAUCAGUAUCAACAUAAUCAAUGUAUAAUUCCUUGGCAAGUGAUCUUCUGCCAAGAAUCUGCCGGUCGAUUGUCGGGAACGUGGCUAAAGCAGUUUCUAACCCCAUAAUAUACUGUUCUUCUAUUUCUCCCACUGCUAUUCUCAUAAAACUGCUUUUGGGGGGUCAACUCAGCACAAUUCUGGACUACAUAGGCUACAUGUUUCAGAAAAUGACUUAAUUGUUUGAAAUUGGUAUCUGAUUUGAGAUACAGUUGAUUUAGGAUUUUGGAUGGCAUUUCUCCUAUAGUUUACCUUAAACUAACUCGUACCAAUUUCACGAAAGAUCGUCUUCGAUUUCCUCGAUGAGCUCUUAUAACGGCUUUUCUUUGUUUCUUCUAGUUCCCAGCGUAAAUUGGUUUUAGUUUUUUUUUUCAGAAUACAUACGAUUACUUCAUGAAACCCCUUCUGUUAGCUUCACAUGGUACACGUACUUCUUUUUUUGCGCAACGUUUUCUAGCGUCUGCUUCUAGUAAUUAGACCUUCGCCUAUCGAUCAUGGAAUGCAGUAAGUUUUCGCUACGAGCGAACGAGCGCAGUUGCCACUUCGCAGUCAUCAUUUCCGCUUUUAUUGUUGGAUUGUAACCCAUAGAAUCAAGGAAAGGAAACACGAAAGGCUUAGUACGAUAUCCAAAAUCAAAAGGCAGUACUUUUUUUUACACAAGUCUUGGUGGGGAGUUGCAAAGGGAAGCCUAGUCUAAAUACUACUUGCCAUUGCGAUCACCCUCGUUUCGGAAAUUUUCAGUCUACUUCAAGGGCAAGAUGAGCCCUUAAGGUUUUCUGUUAUUUGCUGUGUUCGUAGCUUCAAAGCAUCAUCUGACGCAGUAUCGCAAGAGUCAUAUUAGAAAAAGAGGCGCGGCGGCAGUCAGUCCACGAUGAUGCUGAUGGCCACCUCAUUUAUAAAAUUGGUGACGUCAUCAACGAGAGAUGAAUCAAUCUGGAAAGAUGAAAAUUAAUGUUUUUACAUCGGGGUAGAAUUCUUUGGACAAUGGGCCUAAACGGUGCAAAUGUCAUUAGAUGGUUUUCGCUACGUGAUUAUUUCCACAUUGGGAGAAGGGACAUUUGGGAAGGUUGUCGAGGUGUUGGAUGAAGAAACUGACCAGAAGUUAGCACUAAAGGUAAUCAAGAACGUAGACAAGUAUCGUGAGGCAGCCAAGUUAGAAAUAAACGUGUUGGAAAAAUUGCGCCAAGGUAGAGAGCCAGCCCUCCAAACUCUCUGCGUACGGAUGCUUGACUGGUUCGACUACUUCGGUCAUAUGUGUAUAUUAUUUGAAAUGCUGGGGAUAUCCGUCUUCGACUUUCUUAAAGAAAAUCAUUACCAGCCCUAUCCCUUAGAUCAAGUCCGACACAUUGGAUAUCAGCUCAUACUUUCCGUAAUGCAUCUACAUCAGAUGAAACUGACUCAUACGGAUCUGAAGCCAGAAAAUAUACUGUUUCUCAAUUCCGAAUAUGAUGUUUCCUACAGCAACACAAAAAAGAAACGCGAAAUCCGCCGUGUUCGUGACACCCGAAUCAAGCUGAUCGAUUUUGGUUCAGCAACAUUCGACCACGAGCAUCACUCAACAGUUGUAUCAACGAGACACUAUCGCGCCCCAGAGGUUAUCCUCGAGCUCGGCUGGAACUGCACAUGCGACGUCUGGUCAAUUGGAUGUAUCCUUUUCGAGCUCUACCUUGGAAUAACCCUUUUCCAGACGCACGAUAAUCGGGAACACUUGGCUAUGAUGGAAAGAAUUCUUGGACCGAUACCGUAUCGCAUGUGUCGUAAAACAAAGACUAAAUACUUCUAUCAUGGUCAUCUGGACUGGGAUGAAAAAAGUUCAGCGGGAAAAUAUGUUCGGGAAAAUUGUAAACCUUUAUUGAGAUACAUGGUAUCCGACGACCAGGAUACGCGCAACCUUUUCGAAAUGAUCGCGCGAAUGCUUGAAUACGAGCCAUCGGCCCGGAUCACAUUAGCAGAGACCCUUGAGCACCCCUUCUUCGAAACGCUUGAUCCUUCACUUCGCAUACAUAAGCUACCCGGCCGGUACCUGUUAAAACAAGGUUCCGUGCCUGCGACCCCCGCGGCUUCGAAUCCCUCGGUCUCUACCUCGGUACCCCUGCCCGGCCCGUCCGCUGUUUUCGACACUCCUACAAUUUCCAGCUCAGUCUUCAACUGCAUUGAUCCCGUCGUUGACUUCGAGGCGCAAGUGUCCUCACAAGUUCAGGAUCCGACCAUAUCGACAGGUGAUAGGUGCGCGUUUUAUCGGCCGACGAAACAAGCCAGUGAAAUAAACAUGUCUAAACUUGGUAGCCGUGAACCCGCACUAACACCAUCCAAAAAUAUAAGCAAAUUCAGAGAAAUCGAAGAAGAGGAUUCUAGCGGUGAGGGCUCGGAUGGCAUUUCGAUUGAACGCAGCAAUUCUUGGACAAGCGCAUCGAGUACUGGCUCAAAGCAUGCUAUAGCCAGUCGUGAUCCUUUUAGCUUAGAAGGUUCGCCAGGGCCCUUUGACCUCGGUACUCUAAUCUAUGGGGAUAUCCGGGAAAACCCGGCGCUAAUUCAGAAAAUUAUCGAUAGGGGUUCUUGCCAGCCGUCAUUGCCGUUACACAACUUUACAGACCUCUAUUAUCGAAAACAUGACUCCCGUACCUGGCUUUCGUAUUCGACAUCGAGGGACGCGAUUUUCUGCCUGCCGUGCUUCCUGUUCGCAGUACGUGACGCAGCCUCGUACGACAACACGUUCACAGAAAUAGGAAUGACCGAAUGGGGGUCGCUUAAGGAAAACAUUGAGCGGCAUGAAGCAUGCAGAAUGCAUUUACUUGCCGUCGCGGUGCUCCGUAUAUGGUGUAAAGCAAAGAAUCCGGAAGAUCAGAUCGCUCUUUCUGGCAAGGAGAUCGCUUCAUUUCGAGAGAUUGCUCAGCGCCUCUUAGAGGUACUAUUUUUCUACUGCCGACAGCCUGCCUUAGCAGGUAAUAGUGAUAUAAAGUCAAAGGAAGCGCCUGGUUUUAUGGACUUGGUGAGGCUCGUGGCAAAGAAAGAACUCGGACUUUCCCUUUACCUUGCGGAGAUGGCAACUCGAGGAGGAGGGGAAGGUGGUCUGUUAAGUUACAUGGGCCGUCUUGAGUUGGUUCGUCUAACAGCCCAACAGUUGAUUUCCCACAUAGCGCAAAAGAUAAGCGAGACGCGUUUUUACACACUAGUGAUCGACGCGUGCGCUAACAAUCGAAUAUCAAUUACAGCGCGCUAUGUUAUGAGAAAAUCCAUAGAUACAAAGGUACUUGAUUCGUUCUUGGGGAUGAUCUAUGUGUGUGAAGGGGCCUCUUCAGGCAAUGCCCUGCUUAACUAUAUAAAGAACAUUGGUAUUUCAAUUGAAUACUGCAGAGGAUUGUCAUUUGACGGUCACCCGGGAAUGCGGCGUCAUUACGCGGACAUUACUGACGAGGUUCAAGCAAUUCAGCCGCUGACGAUGUUCACCCAUUCGGCUACACAUCCAAUAAAUUUCGUACUGUCUGACUCAGCUCUCAUUCAUAUAGAAGUAUCCUUAUUCUUUGAAGCUAUUCGCCGCUUUUUUGGCCACUUUGCUAGUAACAGAAAAAGAUGGAACGCUCUAGAGUGCUGCUUAGUGGGCAGUGAAAUCGAGGAGAGAUGUACUAAUGGUCGUUGGGAAAUUCAUUUGGAAGCCGUCGAUGCCAUCAUCAUUUCAUACGACGAACUUACUUCAUUGUUGCGUAGAACGGCUACCGACAGCAGAUGUACUCAAGAAGAGCGGGUAGACCUGCUGAUGGUGGAGAACCAAAUGAAACGCUUUACUUUUAUUGUUCUUCUUCAAAUUUGGCGGUCCGUACUCCGCAAAGCGAAAGUGGUCACCAAACUACUUCAGAAGGAUGACUGUCAUCUUUCGAAAUCAUCUGUGAUUCUUGGCGGGCUUGUGGAAGAUCUCAAAGAAAUGAAAUCUGCGGUUCUAUGCUACAUUAAGAAGGCUAAAGCGUUUGCUGAAAGUCAUUCACUCCAAGCAGAAUGGAACGCAGAUGAAACUAUCUAUUCGCAAAAGGCUUUUGAAAUUGAAAUAUUUUUUCCUAUGAUGGAAAGCCUUAUUGGACAGGUGGAGACUCGUUAUGACAGCGUCACAAAAGCCCACGUACUCUUUGGCUUCCUUAACCCUACUGGACUUGUAGAAGCCCGAGAAAAUGACAUAAAAAAUAGCGUCGCCAAUAUUGGCAUCGUUUACCGAGCAGACCUCGAAGAGCAGGCCCUUUUGAGCGAGUUAUUGUCUGCUCGAAUUGCUUUCCACGAGGAGCUUUUGGCAAUGAAAUCGCCUAAAGAGAUCCUUGACCUUCUUGUAAGUAUGCGUCUUACGGAAGACUUCUGUAAUAUGUACACGUUGUUAAAGUUAUGUCUCUGUCAACCGACGUACGUCUCGCCAGCGACUAUGGAGAAAACAAAGCGGAUUCGAAGUGCCGUACAACUGGGGGACUCGGAACUAGCAAUCAUAGCUGCUGAAAAUGCUUUGGCUGACGACGCAGACUUCAGUUCUGUCAUAGAUACCCUGAUUGGCACAAUCGCGAGACGUUAAUCAGCGGCUCAAAC